CAAUAUCAUCGAACAACAACGCCGUUAUAGUUUUCUUCCAUUCAUCUCGCCGUGUCCCAUAUUCGUGAUGAAACAUUGAGCUCGUGUAAAUUAGUGGAUCAAGAAGAAUGUGGAGUACAUACAUCAAAUACUUGGAGGCAGAGAAGGAUUUUGAUUUUGUCAACGKGGGCACCGAACAGCGUGGCUAACAACAGAACGAAAUGGUGGAAACUCUGAAAAAAAUAAAAGUGCUGACCGUAGGAGAUGGAGAUUUAUCCCUAUCGCUUGCAUUGAGCAGAGCCUAUGGGGAACAUCACAUCGAUUUGACCGCGUCYGUCCUCGAAUCAGAUCGUGAAACCUUUUUACGUGUAUUUCCCGAAGCUCCAYUAAAUGAGUUGCAAUAUCGGCGUGUCUCGGUAAUGUAUGGUGUAGAUGCGACGCAACUYCAUCGUCGGUUCGCUCCUUUCGGAAGCGAGGGGGGUAGGAAAAGCGAGCACAUGGCAAAACAAAAAGUGUCAGAAACGCCGAAGAUAUGGGAUUUGAUUUCAUUUCAUCAUCCUCAUCUCGGGAUAUCGAAUUUGGAGGAAGAAGACGAAGCAAAACGAGCAAUUCUUCACCACUSUUUGCUUUCCCAUUAUCUUCACUCGGCAGCAAAAGUGUCCAAGCUAGUUCAUGUAUGUCUCACGGGAACGCAACCGAUUACAUGGAAAUUAUUGGAUGCUGCAAUGCUUCAAAACUUGAUCUUAGUCAAGACAUUCYCAGAUACGAAACCCUUUGCGAACAUUUGGACGCGCCACACUCCAAURUCGGAGCAAAGUGAUGUGGUUCUAGAACAWACCGAUGGGAGCAGCCCUACGAUGUGUAACAAAGACUUUCCAGAAGCCGGUGCAAUUGAACCCCACUUUGCUGCUCCCCGUCGAUAUCGGAACGGAAAAUUGGGCCGGCACUGGUUAUCGAGAUAUGGAUAUCGACAUCGUCGCACGGAAGGGGUCUUGUUCAAGGGAUCUACAAAGGACGCAAACGUUUCGGAAUCGAUGCAUUUUGUGUUUGCUACCAAUCCGGGAACUUCUCGACCACAAAACAGUCUUCGCGAAAGCGAUCGGUACAAUGGAACGACCAAUGAAAAGAACAGAGUAAAACUACAUGUGUGUCCGAUUUGCCUGCAAUCCUUCGAUUCUGAAAGUGAACUCAGAAAACAUAAGUCUUCUCCAGUGCAAAUCCCKAGURACAGAAACGGGUUUUUCGUUGAUGCUGUCCAUAGCUCUCUACUUAAAGACGAGUCACAAGAGGAGGCGAAGCUGAAAAUCAAAGUCGAUGAUGAUUCAAUCCCUUACGUGGAUCCUUCAAGAGGAGCACCACAGCGGUGUUUGGGUCCGAUACUUGAAAAACUUUGUGUUACCAACGCUUGUMGGGGAAAGCGAUUGCGAUGGUUUUUGCAGCACUCAAAGUUUGAGAACCUCAAGUUCACCAAGCGCKUUGCAGAGUUGGCAAUAAAAUCGGGAUUAGUCUUGUUGAAUGGCGAGGUCGCUCACGACUCGAGCAGGAUACUCAAAGUUMAAGACACUGUGUCUAUUCUAGAAAAGAAAGAAGGAACUGGUAGUUUUAUAAAUCAKGAYACUUUGCGUACAGGAAAGGAGGUACCGAGGGGGCCAGUUACUAUUCAAAAACUAUCGUCGAAAAAUCCCAAAGUGGAAAUCCUUGAGCGCUCGUCCAACUGGCUGGUGGCAAUGAAGCCUUCGGGCAUGAGAACAAAGGGAAAUGCCCCUGGAACGUUAGAGUCGAGUGUUUCUGAGCAAGAGGGCAUCAAGUAUGCUUCCCUUUCCUCGCUAGAAACCUCGUGUUCGGGGCUGUGUGUGCUUGCAAAGACUUMGACAAGAACGCAGGUUUCAAUUCGACAUUUUCUCACUGUGCUUGUUCACGGUCACCUUCCCAGAGACGAAUGGUUUCCCUCUUGCACAAUAUCCUUGCCACUAGAAGCCAAAUGGAGGCAAAAGAAGAAAAUCAAGAAGCGCAAACACAGCGCAGAGUCUAAUUCGUCGGCACCGUUGCGGUCGCCAUCACAGUCCUCCUCGUUCCUGAAACCCGACGACGACGACGAAUCAUCCCAGCACGAGAAUCGAAAGACGGUUUCUGCAGAGGUCUACCCAAGGGAAUCCACGAAACUGGCAUUAGAGAAAUCUCUCAAAAAUCCUUUGCGACUAUCUACAUUGGAAGUUGUCACUCCCGAACCAUCUUCGAGCAGCAUCUGUCAUUAUUUUCGGCAAGAAGGAUUCCCCGUAGUCGGAGAUUCAUUUUGUAAGCAAGAAUAUUCACGGCUAAAACGAUCCAUCCGAAACCGACUCAAAGACAAGUUGUGCAUCGGUUGUUUYAAGGUUGAGGUCGAAGUAACAAAUGGAAUGGAUCAGAGUAACGACAACGAGACUGCAUCAAGGAAGCAUGUGAUUGAAAUACAGUCUCCGGAUAAGUUUUCGGCUACGUUUUGGGAAAAGUUUUUGGAAGAAGAAACAGCUGCUUCCGGAAAUGCGAUAGCAACAUAACCGCAUCGAUUUUUCGCUACCUGUUUCUUUGUUUGAAAGUUCUCAAGUUUGGCAACAAACCAAUGGAACCCGGUUUUGUUCGGCCUGGCAUUUGAACUUCCUGAUGAAACAGAACAAACACAACAACGAGACGUUUUUGUAUAAUGAUGGUCCCUUCCUAUUAAGUGUUAAUCAUACAU